GAGAAAGCAUCUUUGUCUACACAGCGAAGGUUCGGGCUUCCCUGCCUGCCUUUAUCGCUACAGCAACAUCUAAAGAUCAGGCUAUCCUUGUGAAGACAGAGGUCGCAUUCAUCUGCCGCAUUCAUCUCCGCUCAAUUUAGGAUUUCCCCCCCCUUUUUUUGUCUCUUUGCCUGGCUGGAAUAAUAAACCCUCGCUACCCAUGUGUCGGAUCGCCGGAUGAUUUACAGGAUGUUGGGAAGCUGAGAAUGGUGGAGGCUGUACCUGUUUCUUCUUGGCUGAGGGCCUAGCUAGCCCAUGGGGAACUGACAAGAACACUGCUGGAUGGAGGCCAAGAUACUGGAUGGAGAAGACGAGGAAGCACAGAGUAUUGCGGAUCAGUUGUUUUGUUUGUUCUCAUUCUCAUCCAAUCCAAACUAAAUGCAAAGUGUUCUGCAAUGUGCCUCAUUUGUUCACUCUUCCACAUGUCACCGAUGGAAAGAUGGCAAAAAGAGUCAGGCUAGAGAGCUAAGGCUAAAGAAACUUACUUCCUACAUUUGUCAGUUAUAGUCUUAUUUAUUCUGCAGGUUUUAGGGUGAUAGCAAAAAAAAAAAAUAUUGCAAGUAGACAGGUUCUUCUUGUCGCAGCUAUAGUGGCUUCACAUUAAAUAGAGAUUGUAGUGGAGGGAUUAGAGCCAGGAGCUGAAGAUAGUAACCGUCAUGGGGAGGCGUGAAGGCCAGGCUUCAUGGUCAGUGUUGUUAGCAGGGCUGAUGUUAACAGUGACAGCAAUAGCUUUGGAAUAUGAGGGCGUUCCCGGUCAGUGGACGCGUUACGGCCAAUGGGACGCCCAGUCAUCAGGUGAGCUCAGCUUUAUUCUGAAAACCAACAUCAGCAAAGCCCUGGUGCUCUACCUGGAUGACGGAGGGAACUGCGACUUCCUGGAGCUUCUAAUUACAGAUGGAAGGCUACAGAUGCGCUUCACCAUCCACUGUGCUGAACCGGCCUCCCUGCACACCGAGACACAUAUCAAUGACCAGCGCUGGCACCGGAUCCUCCUCUCUCGAAAUCACAGAGAAACCAAGCUGGUUGUGGAUAAUGAAGAGAAAAUGGCUGAGGUCAAGUCCAAGAGGAAUGAAAUGGUAGUAGCCAGUGACCUCUAUGUGGGUGGCAUCUCACCAGAUGUUCGUCUUUCUGCCCUGACCUCCAGCACUGUUAAAUACGAGCCACCAUUCCAGGGUUUUAUAGCCAAUUUGAAACUCGGGGAGGCACUGCCGGUACUGUUGGAUGGCCAAGGUGUUCAUAGUGAUUUGGAGUAUAUAUGUACCACAGACUCGCCGUGCAACAACAGAGGUCUGUGCUCCAUCCACCAAGGAGAGGUCCUCUGUGACUGCACCAGUAGCGGCUACAGGGGGAGGUACUGCCAAGAAGCUAUCCAGAAGGAGGUAGAAGGUCUGGCGCACCUGAUGUUAAACCGCCAAGGUAUGGGGUCUAUUGGGCAGGAGUCGUCAGUGGCCACCUUAAAAGGGAACGAGUUCUUCAGCUACAACCUGUCUCAGACACCCAUCCAGAGCAGUUUGGAUGAGAUCACGCUGUCCUUCCGUACGCUGCAGAGGAAUGGCCUGCUGCUUCACACGGGGAAGUCAGCUGACUAUGUCAACCUGUCCCUGAGGAACGGAGCUGUGUGGCUGGUCAUCAACCUGGGCUCCGGUGCCUUCGAGGCCCUGGUGGAGCCCGCCAGUGGCAAGUUCAAUGACAAUGUCUGGCAUGAUGUCCGUGUGACACGCAACCUCCGCCAGGUAUACAUUUUCACACAUCAAUGUGUGACUAUCUUAGUGGAUGGGAUUCUAACCACGACUGGAUACACUCAGGAGGAUUACACCAUGCUGGGCUCUGAUGACCUCUUCUACAUUGGGGGUAGCCUCAACACAGCUGACCUGCCAGGCUCCCCGGUCAGCAACAACUUCAUGGGCUGUCUGAAAGAUGUGGUCUACAAGAAUAAUGAGUUUAGACUGGAGCUGUCACGCCUCGCCGAACUGCGAGACCCUAAGGUCAGUAUCCAUGGUGACCUGAUAUUCGGCUGUGAGAAUGUGGAGGCCCUGGAGCCAGUCACCUUCGACACGCCGUCUGCCUACCUGACUUUGCCCAGGUGGAACACCAAGAGGACAGGCGCCAUAUCCUUUGACUUCCGCACCACAGAGCCCAGCGGCUUGCUGCUGUUCAGCCAUGGCAGUCUGCAGGGCGCACAGCCCAACAGGAAGCCCAGGGCAGACUACUUUGCCAUGGAGCUGCUGGACGGCUUUUUCUACCUGGUCAUGGACAUGGGAUCCGGCAGCUUUAAGAUGAAAGCCAGCAACAAGAGGCUUAAUGAUGGGGAGUGGUGCCAUGUGGACUUCCAGAGGGAGGGGCGCAAGGGCUUUAUAUCUGUGAACAGCCACAGCAGCCCUUUCACGGCUAAUGAAGGAAGUGAGAUCCUGGACCUGGAUGGGGAUAUGUAUCUUGGAGGCCUGCCUGAAGAGCGCCAGGAUCUUAUGCGACCACCUGAGGUAUGGACAGCCUCCCUCAAUCUUGGCUACGUGGGCUGUGUGAGGGACCUGUUCAUCGACGGACAGAGCCGCGACCUGUGGAGGCUGGCAGAGGUUCAGAGCGCCGCCGGCGUCAGCAGCUUCUGCACCAGAGAGACUCACAUCAGGUGCAACAGAGACACAUGUGCCAAUGGGGGGCAGUGCAGAGAAGGCUGGAACCGACACAUUUGUGACUGCAACGGGACCGGCUACUUGGGUCCCAGCUGUGAGAAUGAGGCCACAGUGCUGAGCUACGACGGCAGCAUGUACCUGAAGGUGGUGCUGCCAAGGUCUCAACACACGGAGGCCGAGGAUGUGUCUCUGCGCUUCAUGUCCCAGAGGGCCUUUGGGCUUCUGAUGGCCACCACCUCGCAAGAGUCGGCUGACACCCUGCGUCUGGAGCUGGACGGAGGCAGGGUGAAACUCACAGUUAACCUGGAUUGUAUCAGGAUAGACUGUAAUCUCAGCAAGGGCCCAGAGAUACUGCUGGUAGGCCAGAAGCUGAAUGACAAUGAGUGGCACACAGUGAAGGUUGUGCGCCGUGGGAAGAAUUUACAGCUGUCGGUGGACAAUGUCACCGUGGAAGGCCACAUGACUGGCGCUCACACCCGCCUGGAGUUCAACAACAUCGAGACGGGUAUCAUGACAGAAAGGCGCUUCAUCUCUGUGAUGCCGUCCAACUUCAUCGGGCAUCUACAGGACCUCUCUUUCAAUGGGAUGCUGUAUCUGGACCAGUGCAAGAAUGGAGACAUCUCUUACUGUGAACUGAAUGCCCGCUUUGGGAUGAGGCACAUUGUGGCCAAUCCUGUGACUUUUCUCAGCCAAGCCAGCUACUUGGCCUUCUCCACCUUGCAGGCCUAUUCUUCCAUGCACCUCUUCUUCCAGUUCAAAACCACAAGUCCCGACGGAUUAAUACUUUACAACUCUGGAGACGGGAGUGACUUUAUAGUGGUGGAGCUAGUCAAAGGGUACAUUCAUUAUGUUUUUGACUUGGGUAAUGGGCCAUCACUAAUGAAGGGCAACUCUGACAAGCCGCUCAAUGACAACCAGUGGCACAAUGUAGUGGUCUCCCGUGACAACAACAACGUACACAUCCUGAAGAUUGAUUCCCGCACCGUCACCCAACAUGCCAAUGGAGCCCGUAACCUGGAUCUAAAAGGGGAGCUGUACAUUGGUGGUGUUGGGAAAAGCAUGUACAGCAGUCUGCCAAGGUUGAUCGCAUCCCGGGAAGGAUACCAGGGCUGCCUGGCAUCUGUGGACUUGAAUGGGAGACUUCCCGACCUGCUGGCAGAUGCCCUCCACAAGGUGGGACAGGUGGAGCGUGGCUGUGGAGGUCCUAGUACCACCUGCACAGAGGAGUCCUGCCACCACCAGGGAGUGUGUCUUCAGCUCUGGGAGGGUUUCUCCUGCGACUGCACCAUGACCACCUACGGGGGCCCGUUCUGCAGCGACCCUGGGACGACAUAUAUCUUCGGGAAGGGAGGGGCCCUCAUCACAUACACUUGGGCUCCCAAUGAGCGACCGAGCACCCGGGCCGACCGGCUCGCCGUGGGCUUCAGCUCUCAGCAGAAGGAUGCCAUCUUGGUGCGAGUGGAGAGUACCGUUGGGCUGGGAGACUAUCUUCAGCUGCACAUAGAUCAAGGAAAAAUUGGUGUGAUCUUCAACGUGGGAACAGAUGACAUUUCCAUCGAUGAGCCUGCCGUCAUUGUAAAUGAUGGCAAGUACCAUGUUGUACGCUUCACACGCAGCGGUGGCAAUGCCACUCUCCAGGUGGACAACCAGCCAGUCAUUGAGCGUUAUCCACCAGGGCACUAUGAUAAUGAACGACUGGCUAUUGCUAGACAAAGAAUCCCAUACAGACUUGGUCGGGUAGUUGACGAGUGGCUACUCGAUAAAGGGAGACAGUUGACCAUCUUUAACAGCCAGGCAGCCAUUAAAAUUGGCGGUCAUGACAAAGGUCGGCCCUUCCAGGGUCAGAUCUCAGGGCUCUACUACAACGGUCUCCAGGUGCUGAAACUGGCAGCAGAAAAUGACCCUAAUGUUCAGGUGGAGGGGAACCUGCGCCUGGUCGGAGACUCCCUCGCCGUCUUGACCACUGAUACCACGUCCGCCACCCCGCUUGCUGUGUCUGAUAUGUCUACAACCAUCAUGGAAACCACCACCACUAUGGCUACCACAACAACCCGCAGGCAGCGUUCACCCAGCUUGAGGGAGAGCAUCUCAAAGAACUCUGAUGAUAUUUUGGUAGCGUCAGCUGAGUGUCCCAGCGAUGAUGAGGACCUGGAGGAGUGUGAACCAGGGACAGGAGGUGAAUUAGUGUUGCCUAUAAUAACAGUGGAUUCCCUUGAGCCCCCAUCCAUCGCCACCCGUUACCCCGUCAUCCCUCCUCCUCCCACCCUACUGUCCCCACUUGAGACCACCAAAGAGUCCUUGAUACUCCCUCCCCACCCCUCCUGCCCCCCGGACCAGGAGGGCUGCGGUGACCCUGUGGAGGUCUCGGCCUUCGGCUCUGGGGAGAUGACGGAAUCAGAUGACGAGGACUUUUACAAUAAUAACUCCCCCAUGGUCACUGAUAGGACAGUCCUUCCUCCACCCCCUGCUGCUGGGGAGGGUGGAGUCCAGAAACCCCGCCCCUUACCUCCUUAUGCUCCCACCACCAACCCCGACCAGCUCCACAUCCCUGCAGGCAAAAUGAACACCCGUGACCAGGUGCUUCUGCCCCCUGCUCCUCCAUCAUCCCGAAACACACCAGGACUAACCUACCCCCCCAAUUUUCCCCAUGUGCCCACAGCCAACCCUACAGCCUCUGAUGAUAAGGGCCAACCCGGCGCCGUGGAGGUGAUCAGGGAGUCCAGCAGCACCACGGGGAUGGUGGUGGGCAUUGUGGCCGCUGCUGCUCUCUGUAUUCUUAUUCUCCUCUAUGCCAUGUACAAGUACCGCAACCGGGACGAGGGCUCCUACCAGACAGACCAGAGCCACAAUUUUGCCAACAAUUCUACUGUGGAGGGCAACGGAGCAGUGGUCAAAGACAAAACGUCAAGCACAGCAACGGCCACUGUGGCCAAGGCAAUCACAAAGGGCAAGAGGAACAAAGACAAAGAAUACUAUGUCUGAGAGCGAAGACAGAAACCAGGCAAGUGUGGACAGAGACUAGAGGAUGAGAGAGGAUGCUUUUAUUUUGCUCCCCGGUUUAGCCAGGUUUACCACCACAGAAAUCCCCCAGGCCACCAAAAGCUUCAGAGCAAUGUUAGAACAGUUACAUUUGCUUCAAAAAGUCUUGGUUUCCCAGCUCCUAUUAGUGAUCGAGGCCUCAUCUUACAGUACGUGAAUGGACUCAUCCUCUGUGUCGCAACAGGCACUCGGUCUGCAUUCACCAAAUUUUUUGUCAGUAUAUGAUUUUUUUUAAUGUUAUUAACAAAAAAGGAAAAGGCAUAUCCACUUUGGCUUUGUAUAUAGCAUGGAUAUGGUUGAGUAAAGAAAGUGCUGAGAACAUCAUAACAAAUUUGCCUAAAUGUUUUCUUUGUACUUGUUUGUAAUGCUCGAUCUCAAGUCUGUGUGUCCCCAUUGUGAUAUAUGAGGCAGCACAGGCCAGUUAUUGGAUUUUUAUGGUAGGUAAAUAAAGCAGAGAGCAAACCAGUAACUCUGAAAGAAAGCCUUUAUUUGGAUGCCCAUAUUUGAAAAGUUAUCACUACAGACUUCCCUCUUUCUUUCUUUCUUUCUUUUUUUCUGUUACAUGGUUUUAAACCCCUCCAGUCACUCUGCCUCUCAGAUUGUCCACAGUGAUGCUUUUAUGUUUCUGGUGCAAAAUCAUAACUGAAGCAUGAUAUAUAGCUCUCCUGAUGAAAAUUACAGAAUUUAAAAGGGAUUAUAAAAAUUAUUCAGCAUACUCUAGCCAGUGAACCUUAUAGUUUGAUGGAUGAGAAUGAGAGUCAUUUUUAUGUGAGAUAUCACAGUCAAUGUGCCAUGCCAUUCCAAGUAGGGAAUAAUUGUGCAACAGUCAGUCUACGCUCGUGAAAGGCAUUUCUCAUCACUUGUAUGUACAUAUAGAGGUUAGCCGAUUGAAAGAGCAUUGUGUAUGUAUGUAUGUUUGUUUCUUAGUGAAUGCAGGGGAGCAGACGUGAAGAAGACCUUAUGUGAGAGAUGCUCUGCCCCUCCUCACGCCCCCCAAGUUUUCAUGACAACGUUAAAGCGCUGCAGCCUGAAUAUCACAGGAAUUUUUUUGAACACAGAAUUGCUUCUAAGGAAGUUUUUCUGAUUGCUCUCUGGAAAGGGAGACACUACCCAGCUCGGGUGAAGAGGCUGGCUCACUCUUAUCUCUUUUUUCCUCAAAUUGUCAUGGGAUACUGCAAAAGCACACAGAAAAUGUAAACAUAUCUUUGAGACAUAGAUAUUCCUUGUAAAGCAGCCAAACAUAUUGUUUUUUUUUCUACCAGUUGCUAAAAGACUAUUCUAUGAGAUGAAUAAUUGAAAGUUUGUGAAUUGUAUUGAUAUUUCUCUGAUAUUUCGGUGUAUCUUGUUACAACUCUCAACACAUGACAUUUUAGAUUGCCUUUUACUUCAGACCAGACAAAAAGCACACACUUUCCUCUGGUAGCUGCAAAUAUCUUCUGUUUUCACGUUAUGGCAGGUUGGAUUAUGCAGACAAAACACAAGGAGCGAACCAACUUUUUGUUUUGUGCAUUUUAUAUGUGCUAAAUCUGUCACUCAUUGGAUCUGAUAUAAAGCCAUUUCUCUGUUGAUUUAUGUCUACAUUUACUUAUUCAAGCUCUGUGAUUUCCUGUUAUUUUUUUAUGAAAGUGCCAUUCAACAUGGGCUGCUCAGAGUAUAUUCCAUUCCUCACUCAUUGCUAUUGUAUAGUGUUCCUGUGAAAUGGAUCUCAAUGUGUACAGACCAUGGAUAAAGAUGAAAAUACACUUGAUUAUAUACUUUGUA